AUGGCGGUCCUCCCCGUUUUCAAAUUAGCAACGCUUCUGCUCAGGACUAUGUCUAAGCCCAUCGCCAGUAGGCUCAAGAAAGAUGCUGGUCUCCACCCUAAAUUCCGUGAUUUCAUCAUCAACGCCGCUCAGGCGAAUCAUCGCUUCUCAACUACUUUGCAAAGACGACUAUAUGGAGUAACACGUUUUGAUCUACCAAUCCCUAAAUUGAAUGAAGAAAAGGCUGUACAGGCAGCUGCUGAUAUGCUUGGAGAGCUUUUUGUGUUCACUGUGGCUGGAUUGGCCAUAAUCUUUGAGGUGCAAAGGAACUCGAGAUCAGAGGCUAGGAAGGAGGAAAAGCGCAGGCAAGAACUAGAGGUCCUGAACCAAAAGAACCAAGCUCUAUCAGCAGAAGUUGAUGUUUUAAGGAAGCAGUUGGAUGAAGUUGCACUUCUGAAAAGCAAAUUGGCAGAAGUGGAGGUUAUUGCCAAAGGAUGCAGUCAUAAGAACAUGUUCCAGUUCUGGCAGAAAACUGCUGAGAAGACCACUGUAAACUGA